GAAGAAGCCAUAUUUAUCCAGCCCUCAGUUCCUAGCCAUCCAUUUCUGCCACCGUUGUAUGCAAUACAUUUACAGUGCAAGAUUUUAAUUUUGAUGCUGGGUUUAAUGAAUACAUCACUUGGAUCCCAUAAGCAAUGACGAUCUGUCUUCUCGGCAAGGUGCAGGGAUCUGCCAGUGGUGAUGUGGGUGAAUUGGAUAAACCUGGGCUGGAUGGAUGGCAAGGCAGAGCGGGCUGGUGAUGCUGAGAGCUGAGACAAUAGAAGAGCCCUGUGUGUUUCAUCCGAGCAAGAGGAAGCAAGGGGGAGGGAAAACAUAGGAUUCAUCCGUAGAAGGAAACCCACCUGCCUAUACAGACAGUUGCCUUUUUUCCCUGUUGGAUUAUAAACAAAUUUUGCUUUUUGCAUUAUAUUUUGGUAUUGGCCGUUUUUUAUUGUCACUUGAGGGCAUGGGAGGCUGCGCUCUCCAAAACAUAGGAUGGGCAAAGAUCUGAUUAUUUGUAAUAACCAGUGUUUUAUUCUCCCCGCACAUCCUGUUAUAGCCUUGACAAUUGCAUUAUUAUGUAUUCAAUUGUACUUUAACCCCUGCUGCCCCUCAAACCUAUCCCAUAGCACCUGGCUUGCAGACAACAGCACCAACCAACACAUUGUUAUUGCCAUUUUAAUGUUUGCAUAUUUGGCUGUGUGGUCACCGUUCCCUCUUCAUUUAUCCAAGCAUUCAGUCAAACAUUAUCUCGGUAUUAUAAAGUGUCCUGCUCUCUUUAUCCGGGCAUUUCUAUUGUAAACCUUUUUAUUUGCUCCCAUCGUUGUAGUGGGGGUGUUUCUGUUUACAUUGCCCUUUUUCUAUUUUUUUUUUAAAUAAAUAAAGAUACUAACGGGCCAUCACCUAGCCCCAUGCAUUGCAGCCCCCUCCCUGACACAAGGAAUUACAGGAGAGGGAUCAGCAGCUACCCUUGCAUUGGGUCACUUGGGACCAGGGUCCAUGCCUCUGCUGCUACUUCCUGCCUUGCUGUGCACUGGAUCCCUCCGGACCCCUGGUCCCCCGGCCGGUGAAUGAUGUUUAAGUACCGGCUCCGCAUGUUCUUUAAUGAACUCAAGGUUCUGGUAUUAACCCGAUCCGGGAGAAGCGAGCCGGAGCCGGGCCAGGCCAUGCGGGGACUUGGGGUGGGAGGCUGCGGGUGGCCUCCUUUUGCAGACUGCUCCUCCCGAGACGACGAGGAGGAAUAUUAUGGGGCCGAUUCUAGACCCCGUAACCUGGGGUUGGAGGAGAAAGACAGCAGGAUUGGGGCUGCGCUGGACGCCGUGUCCCUGGGCAGCAGCAUUGACAGUGGCAUGCGGACCCCGCAGUGUAGGAUCUGCUUCCAAGGUCCUGAGCAGGGCGAGCUGUUGAGUCCAUGCCGCUGUGACGGUUCAGUGCGAUGCACACAUCAACCCUGCCUGAUACGAUGGAUCAGUGAGCGGGGAUCCUGGAGCUGUGAAUUGUGUUAUUUCAAAUAUCAUGUCCUAGCCAUCAGCACAAAGAACCCACUACAGUGGCAGGCCAUUUCAUUAACUGUGAUUGAGAAGGUCCAGAUUGCAGCGAUCAUUUUGGGCUCCCUUUUCCUCAUAGCCAGUAUUUCCUGGUUAAUUUGGUCGUCACUUAGCCCGUCAGCAAAAUGGCAGAGGCAGGACUUGCUCUUUCAAAUCUGCUAUGGCAUGUAUGGCUUCAUGGACAUUGUCUGUAUAGGUUUGAUAAUCCAUGAAGGAUCUUCUGUUUAUCGUAUUUUCAAGAGGUGGCAAGCAGUAAAUCAGCAAUGGAAAGUUCUGAACUAUGACAAAACCAAGGACCUUGGAGAACCUUUAAAUGGGACUACAAAGCUUGGGGGAAGGAAUUCACGGACGAACCAUUCCUCUCUCAAUGACAGAGGCCCUGGUCGGAGCCAGAGAGUUAGGACUAUUUUAAACCAUCACUGUGGUUAUACGAUUCUACACAUCCUCAGCCACCUGCGGCCUAAUGAACAUCGAAAUAGUUCAAACUCAAACAGAGAGGUGGUGAUGAGAGUGACAACUGUAUGAGGAAAUUUAUAAGUUAUCUUCAACAAGUUAUUACCGACACCAUUGUGGCAAUGAUGUCAAAAGGGAAAAGCAAAGAUUGUUUUGAUGAAGGAAACAAUCAAGUUUAGUUCCUUAAUUUCUCUUUGAGUAGGCCUUCCAGUGCAUUCUGGCCAACUUUGUUAAUAUAGAGAAAGUCCUGGUUUUUAUUUUUCCAAGGCAUUGGGUCCUCUUUUGUCACUUGAUAAUUUCCCAUGCGUCUAUUCAGCUAUGAAGCAGCCCAGCCUACAGAAGAGAUGAAAACUAGGGCUCCCUCAGUCAAAAUGUAAUGUUUCCAAUAAAAUUCCACUUGAACCAUGAAUUUCUGAGCGAAUUGAAAGCACAAGUCAGCUCUUUAAAACAAAAAGUAACAGACACCAACUCUAAAUUUUUUUUACCUCAGCUUUAAACAACAAAGUCAAAAUAAACCAUAACGAAAGCAUAUUAAAAUAGCACCGAAUACAAUUCUUUUAAAAGCAGUCCCUCUUGCCAGAAUUGCAUAAGCAAAAUAUUCAAUGUUUAAUAGAAAAAUGACUGACACGGUUUAGAUCUUUCUAAGUGAUGAAAAGGUGCAAUAAAACAUAUUUUUACGGCAAAUGGGAUAAUUGCAA